AUGCCAUCCUCUCUCUCCUAUACCACUCCCCCCACUUACCACCUCCCUUCCUUCCACCCUCCCUCUCCUACCACCCUCCCUCUUUUACCACCCUCUCUUCAUAUCACCCUCCCUCUCUUACCACCCACCCUCCCUUCCUACCACCCUCCAUCUCUCUUACCACCCUCCCUCUCCUACCACCCUCCCUCCCCUACCACUCCCCCCAACCACCCUCCAUCUCUCUUACCUCCCCCCUUCCUACCCCCUCCCUCUCUACCACCCUCCCUCUCUACCACCCUCCCUUUCCUACCACCCUCCCUCCCCUCCCCUACCACCCUCUUCUCCUACCAUCCUCCCCCUCAUCCCAACCACCCUCCAUCUCUCUUACCUCCCUCCCUUCCUACCCCUCCCUCUCUACCACCCUCCCUUUCCUACCACCCUCCCUCUCCUACCACUUUCCAUCCCCUACCACCCUCCCUCUCUUAUCACCCUCCCUCUCUACCACCCUCCCUCUCCUACCACCCUCCCUUUCCUAACACCCUCCCUCUCCUACCACCCUCCCUCCCCUCCCCUACCACCCUCUUCUCCUACCAUCCUCCCCCUCAUGGGCAGCUCAUCAGGGGACACCAAGGCCUUUCGCAGUGCAUACAGCAGACUAGGAGAGAUACGUGCCAAAAUGAGAGCGGAUGUGCCAGCGAUUGCCCUUACAGCAACGGCCACUAG